AUGGAGGCUUCAGUAGCCCACCGGCCAUGGGAAGACAGCCGGCCUGCGCCCAACACCAACGGCCAUAACGGCAGCCAGACCACCAUCACCACCCUACCGUCCAUCUCGACCCUGACGGCAGCCAUGCAGGUCGACAAGGCGCCUAUACCGGUCGCUUCUGGUGAGAAAUCACCUGCCCAGGCCUCCAUGAACACCCUCGAACGAGACUCGGGCACCUGGUCAAUGCCUCAGAGUACCCGCUCGUCGACGUAUUCUAGCACCACGAACAAUACCAAUGGCUACCAUCAGCACUCGUUUCUCAUAUCUUCGCAGCAGUCGCCCAAUCGGCUGUCAGGUGUCUCUGAGCCUCCUGCUGCUCCCACUGCGGUCUCCUCGCCGGUCUCCAGCCAUGCCUCGCCAGGCCAGAACCCGAUCCUGCCAUCCAUCAACCAGGCUAUGGACCCUCACCAGCAACAGCAACUCCAGCAGCACCAGCAGCAGCAGCAACAACAACAACAAGGCCAAAGACAGGACUACACCGAGUCGCGCCGCAGCAGUAUCGACAGCCGCAUGAAUCAGGGUAUCUCAGCACUUCAGAUCAACCCAACUUCGCCAUACCAUAGCACCAAUGCGUCUCAAUCAUCAGUCGUCUCCGGCAUGCCUCGAGACCGCAUGAGCUACUCGCACCAUACAACAACUUCGUCUCGUUUCCCUCCAGGCCAAUCGGCUAACCAUCAACCACCUCUCUCACCCCUAGGCCCUCGCUCACAGGAUCACCGUAGUCAAUUCCCCGCCGGACGCACCGCCCCUCCCAUCUCGUCGAAUCCUCGUCCGGAAGAGUUCCACGCUGAUUCCCCCGUGCCUGGUCAGGCGUAUGCCUUCCCCGAUCCGAGCAUAUCGCACCACCACCAUUCUUCCCUUAAUGCGCAAGGCCCCGCGCCGCCGAUUUCAAACAAUCCCCGGCCAGAGACCUUCCAUGCAGAGAACCCGGUUCCCGGACAGGCCUAUGCGUUCCCAGAUCCGAGCUUUAGUCGAGCGUCGACCAUCUCCGCGCAGACGGACAGACCGUCAACCCAGUUCACGAGACGACAUUCCACCGCUGAAUCGAUGAAUAGCAGUAUCUAUACUACAGAGUCGAGACUCCCAGCCGGGCAGCAGGAACUGCCUCAAAGUGUCCACCACCACUCUCUUCAACACCGCCAGGUCCGCAAUAUAAUAGGAGAAGGCGACCCGAACGGUGCAACACCCUAUAGCCGCACUCCCGAACUCCGAGUGACGCACAAACUCGCCGAACGCAAACGACGCAGUGAAAUGAAGGACUGCUUCGAAGUACUCCGCGCCCGUCUACCUUCUUCCCAAAACAACAAGUCAAGUAAAUGGGAAACCCUCACUCGGGCAAUCGACUACAUCAACCAGCUCGAGAAAACAGCUUCUCAGUCCCGCGCCGAGACAAACCAGCUACGCAUGGAGCUAGAAGAGAUGCGCGCGCAGCUAAGCCAGGUUCAAUCUCAGCCUCAACAACCGCCGCAACAGCAACAGCAGCAACAACAGCCGCCCCUUACUCGACGGGCUAGUUUUGAACCAUCCUCGUUGCAGCAACAGCAGCAGCAGCAACAAAUGCAAGUCAACGGUAACGGUGGUCUUACUCCACCACAGAACCCAAGCACGCUGUUCCAGACCCACGGCCAUGUUCAGCCUCACCAUAGCCACUGUGCACAUCAUCCGCAGCUCCCGGCCGCACCACCACCAGCACACAGCCACUUCUCUCCCUCGUCCAACGUGACGCCGACAACACAUGCCUCGCCGGAUCCAUCGCGGACACUACCGCCGCUAAUGAACGGAUCCCUGGCCCCCAUGCAGGGUGUCCAAUAUACCGACGAGCGGAGAUGA